AUGCGAACAGCUGCCCUUCUCACCAUUGCCAACUUUGGCUCUGCCUUUGCCGCUCUACAGCUCUACAACCAGUGUGGUGGUGGUGCUUACACCGGAGACACCCAAUGUCCUUCCGGUUCUACAUGCGUCGAAGCCAGCAAGUGGUACAGCCAGUGUAUUCCUGACGCCAAGGCUGGUUCCUCUUCGGAGGCCGCUGCUGUCGAGAAGUCUGAUAUUGAGUUUCCAAGUUUCGGAUUCCCUGAAGCCCCUGACAGCGGCAAUGACAAUCAAGACGGUGGGGAGGCCAACGGGGAUGCUUUCCCCCCCCUAUUCGAGAAGCCUGUUGAGACUUCCAUCGAUGUUCCCGUAGCUAAUCCUACUGAAACUCCUGCCGCUACUCCUGAUGCCGGCUCUGGAUCUGGAGGUAUCACACGAACUAUUCCCGCAUCCAGCGGCGCCACUGCUGCUGCUACUGCCAUCCCUGUUUCUGGUGAAUUCGAUGGUAAAAUGACAUACUAUGAUCGUUCCCCGGCCGUCUGCCAGGAUCAGGUGGAGACUGGCGAGGCUGAUGCUAUGUUCAUUCUCGAGGAUGGUGCUACUCUGCGCAACGUUAUUAUUGGACCUGGCCAGGCUGAGGGCGUCCACUGCAAAGGAACUUGCACCCUUGAAAACGUCUGGUUUGAGGACGUCUGUGAAGAUGCCAUCACCCUAAAGCAAAAGUCCGGCACCUCCACCAUUCGUGGCGGAGGUGCUUUCCACGCCUCCGAUAAAGUUGUUCAGUUCAACGGCCGUGGCACUGUCGAGAUCUCCGACUUUUAUGUUGAGGAUUAUGGCAAGCUUGUGCGGUCUUGCGGUAACUGCAAGGAUAAUGGUGGUCCCCGGAAUGUUGUUAUCGAUAACGUUGCUGCUGUCAACGGCGGUGUUCUCUGCGGUAUCAAUACUAACUAUGGCGACACUUGCACCAUUUCCAACGCUUGUCAGGACUCAGGCAAGAACUGCGACCUUUUCGAGGGUAACUCUGACGGUAGUGAGCCCUCUAAGCUGUCUGGUGGCCCUGAUGGCACUUCUUGCAAGGCUGAUAACUUCUCCGAGACUUGUUAA